AUGUCCACACCGCUGGAGGAUGCGAUGGACACCUUGAUCAGGAUUUUCCAUCACUACUCUGGCAAGGAAGGAGACAGAUACAAGCUCAGUAAAGGAGAACUCAAGGAGCUCCUCACCAGUGAGCUCACUGACUUCCUUUCAGGCCAAAAGGACCCACAUCUGGUUGAUAAGAUUAUGAAAGACCUGGACUCCAAUAAAGACAAUGAAGUGGAUUUUCAUGAAUUUGUCGUUCUGGUUGCUGCUUUGACUGUGGCAUGUAAUGAUUUCUUUGAAGAACAGCUUAAGAAAGAGGGAUUUUAA